AUGGGUGCAACACACAGUUCACACAAUGAUUUUAAUCGCGUCCUUGCACGACAACCUCGAACAUCAAUUAAUAUGCCUAGAUUUGACAUACAAAACAAUUUGAUACAAGAACCACUUACUCAUACACUUUCUAUUCCUGUUCCUGUUCCACAAAAUAAAAGUCAAAAUAAAAAUGCAACUGCUAUUCUUCGAAAUAAAUCACCGGUUGAAAAUAAAUAUUCUGAACCAGUUCAAACAGUACAACAAAUGUAUGCAUCACCACCUAUCGAACAGACAACAUCAUCCUCUGCCAUUAAUAAUUCAACAGCAAAGAAAUUCAAACAAGAACGACCACAGCAACAAAUAAUUCAGCGAAAUACUACUCAUGACGGUAGAUUUGAUUUACUUGUACAUAAUCAAACAAUGAAUAAUAAUAGUGCUGUUAUUUCACGUUCUAUUAUGACUCGAAAUGAUCUACGAUGCUUGAAAAAUUAUUAUUCUUCAUUAUUUCGACCUGAAUGGUCUAUAGUUGAACAUAAUGGAAAACAGUUUGUUGUUGAAUUUACACAACGUACAGAACGACGUUUUGUACAAUUUAUGGAUGACAAGACACAUCAAAUGAGACUUUUUGAAGUUAUUGAUUGUAUACCAAGUACAAUAAUACGGCCAUAUAAACGUAAGUCUCAAUCACUAUUACCAAAUGAUACUUCUCGUCUUGAUCGUCGAUCAAAUCAGCGUCGUGCUCUUCAACCAAUUUCAAAUUAUCGAUCACCUUCAAGUUUCGUUAACAAACGAGGUUUAAAAUCACUAUCAUUUGAACAACCAACUUCAACAUAUUCUGAUGAUGAUGUAUCUACUUAUACAACUGAUUCUCUUGAUUCAAAUGAAGAAUCGGAAACAGAAGAUAGUCAAGAAAUUGAUCGAAUAUUGAAAUCAAAAGAAAUGCAUAGCGGUUACACACAAACGUAUCCAUUUUUCUUUAAUAAUUAUAAUACUAUAGCAGUUUUAAAUGAAGCAAUUGGCGGAUACAAUUUACCGAUGCCAUUUAGUUCAUAUGUUCGAUCAGUAUAUCCAAAUCAUCGUCAUCACUAUCAAAAAUUAUGUACUAUAAAUAACUCUGCUCAACCAAUUACGAAAAUUUGA